UCCCGCUUAUGUCGCAGUCCAGAGACCGCGAAGAUCCCAGUCUACACAGCCAUAUGUCUUGCGCUUGGAAGAGUUCGAUCACACCCGUGUGACCCUGUGUAGCAUAAUCGUUCCAUGAAGAGCAUGCUUCCUCAAGGAAUUUUUCAUCUCCGUCUGACAAGAACUUUGAUAUAUCUUUCCCGGUGAUACGACAAGAAGGUCGGACAUAUUUGCAGCAGGUUUGUUCUUGUCCUUGUUCAUCAGUGGAGUUAUCUCGGUGGACGUGGCACCCUCAGCUACUGAAAUGAUCAGCAGAGAAACCAUUAGCAUCACGACACAUGUAUUAACAAACUCCGUAACCAUGGCAACGUCACAUGCUCCAGACGAUGAUCCAGACGUCACCGUUGUGAUAAUGAACGCUUCAGAAUUCAACAGUACCCAUCAUUCAACAGAGGGGCCGAGCACGGACGAUGGCUCCGGUGACCAAACAGAGAUGGAAACGACGCAGACGACACCCCGCAGUGGAAACAAUCACACCACUACUACCCCAGCGCCAACAUACGCCACCGGCCGCAUCUGUCAAAACUGCACUCAUACUGCAUUCAAGAUGUGUGACGAUACCAGGGAAUUCAACACCGUCCAGUGUGCUGAUGGGCAUUGCUGGAUCUCACGAGAGACCAAAGGCGCCGUGGAUUAUUACCAUCGUGGAUGUAAGCCCCAUUUGGAGGCCAAAAUCGGAACCGAGGCCAUGUCGGUGAUCAGCUGCAGUGACCACGCACACACCCAGUGUCGCACGGUCAACGACAGGAAGUUCUGUUUUCUCUGCUGCAGCACAGAUAACUGCAAUGCCCACAGUAGGCUGUCUGCAGCAGCGUCUCUCAACAACAAGCAUUACUUUAUAGCUCUAGUUGUAUGGCAAUUUCUCGUGGCAAUGCAAGCUGUUUUGCCAUAAGAGUUAGAAAUUUUAUUCGCGAUAGGCUGUAGGGAGUUUUGGCAUAUUGUCAAAACACCCGCCCUUCAUCUUUGAAUAUCUGUAAGUUAGAAAUAUUUACUUACAAUCUGUACGAAUAGAGGUGCUUUUGGCAUAUUGUCAAAUUGGGUUUGGGGAUUUUUCUG